GCGGCAGUCUGACGCCGGUCGCGCAGUCAGCAUGGCUGAAUUUUCUUGCUGUUUUUCGCCGGUUCUACCGUGCUGAAGACCAAACGGAGUCUCCCGUGUUUCGGUAGGUGGUGCGUGAUGUCAGUGUAGCUCACGAUCGAGAAGAAACGAAUCGCGAUCAAGUGUUGUACGUGUGCUACGUAUCUCUCUGCCCGCGAACGAUGCGAACGAAACAGACGCCAGAUGUUCGAACCUAACCUCCAAAGACAAAGAUGAACCGAGGCAUUACUCUUGUUCUUUCGCGGUCGCGGUGACGCAGAGAUAGCUGCUUCUCGUGUCCAUGGCGCGUCGCGAAACGUUUCGUGCGUGUGUUGCUUGGUGCUACUGAUCGCUCCUCGAGUACGUGAUUUUUCCGUGAUCGCGCCUAAAGUGCGUCGCGUGACAACCGUACGGUCGUGUGUCUUUGAACCGAGACAAGGACGGAAAAGGCGAAAAGAACGGAAGGGACGCGGAACACUACUGUUCGUCCGGCUGUACGACGAUCGAAAGAGCGAGAGAGGAACGAGGAACGAGGAGAGAGUUGGAAAAGGGACUCGGUCGACAACAAACCCUCGGCCACGAACCGAGAGAAAGGUUUCUCGGAAAUUUUGCUUCCUGGAAGGCGGGCUAGCUGAGAUGGUGUUUUUAACCUGGGCCAGCCGGUGCCACGAGUUUUCCACAAUUACUUCUUCUUCUUCUUCUUCUUCACCGGUGUAUGGGUGAAGACACUUCGGCAGUGGCGCAUUCGCUUGGUUUGUAUUACUUACGUAACGCGUCACGCCUCAUCGAAGAAUGGUGUGUAAAACGACUCGUAAACCAGGAAUACACGUACGCUGCGCAGACAAGAUCGAUACAGGCGAUAGGGAUAACGUUCGAAAAUCGUUCUGGCCAGGAAGCAUCGUAACUUUACAUCGUCCCUAAUUGACAGGCUGGAAGAGGGCCGUAGGAGCGGAGGACCGAGAAGAAGGGACGCGAUACGCGUACAUCAAGAAGAAGGAGGGAAGGGGAUAGUACGGCGGGCGAGCGUGGCGGAGAAGGAAAAAGUCAUUGGGGGACGAGAGGGGGAAAAGGAGAGAGAUCUUGGUUCGAAAUUUACGAGUGAGCAGGUUUGCUUGCACGUCUAGGAGCCAAGCUCUGGUAUCUUGGGGCGGUCGUGUGCACCAUAACAAAUGGUCCACCCGUAAAACCGGCUUACCUUGGAACGACACCGGAAGUAGACGCCGGAUUUCCGUGAUGCGCCGUGGAAGAUUCGCAGACGUUUUAGCCGGGCGAAUAUAAAAUUCCGUGUUGGGCUGGUAUAUCGACGUUUCCCUCGAAAACUUUGAGAAUCGUUCGAAAGUCCCCUCGACCGAGCUAUUUACUCGUCCUCGUAGACCUGAUUCCUCGGGAUCGCGAUAUGGUCUCGAACGAGCAACGCCGGCAACGAGCGUCCUGGAUCGUUACACGAACGUAACAAUGUCGUCCGUUCCGUCGACGCAUCGGUAAAAGAUCCGAGCCCUGGAUACGAUAAAAAUUCUCCCAGAUGGGUUAAAAACGAUCGCGAUGGACAGCGCGACCCUGUGCUGCUGCUCGCAAAAUGGUGAUCGUGCUGCCCUCCUGGAAACGCAACAAGUGGCGAUCUGCUCUUUAUUCGUAAACUAUCAUCGAUGUCGUCCGACAGACGGGACAAGGGAUUCGAUCCAGGACCCGGUCUAACAUCGAUCUGAGGAUCGAACAGAGCGAGAGGAUCGCUUCGAAGCGAUCGAGGAGCCUCGUCCUAUCAAGAGAACAGAAAUUUACACGUUCGAGCGAACGAAAGAAACAGAGAGGAGCUUUUUACGCGGAUCUCGUUGACCCAGGCUCGCUAUUGACCCGCGAGGAAGAUACGUUCGGGGAAAUACAGUCCGCGACUAUGAGCAGAGCCGAAGCUUGGCGAGAGAAUCGUGAAAGGACUUUACAGGAGCCACGGACGAUUGGAUUUGCCGCGUUUCGAUCGCGUUUCCACAGACUAAGAAGAAAGAUCGGAGACUAAUCUGAGAGGCAUCGCGCGUCGUCGGAUGAGACGAUGGUGAUGAAGAUUUCCGCGGUCGAGGCUGGCGUUCCUUUAUUAAGCGUCGUCGGUCCCCGCUGCGUCGUUAAGCAGGCCACGGUCAAGCGAUGCGUCGCGGCGCUACUCCUCGUAUCAGUCGCCAGCAUAUUCUAUUACACGCACUACAUCAUCAGCAGUCCAUUAGCAAGCUUGAUCCAUCGAGACACUAGACCAGAACCAGCGAUAAGGUGUUCGACGCUGAGAGGAGCAACGAGACUGCCAUCGGCGCCGGAUCAUCGUAGCGAAGCUCGGUUGAGAACAGACCCGAAAGUGUUGGUCUUCGUGGAAACGCUGUACUCGAUGCUGGGGAAAAAUAUAGCCGAGCUACUCGUCUCUAAUCGAAUCAAGUACAAGCUGGAAGUGGCCGGUAAGUCUCUGCCCGUGCUGACGAAUCUCGAUAAAGGUCGCUACGGAGUUCUGAUAUUCGAGAACCUGAACAAGUAUCUGCAAAUGGACAAAUGGAACCGCGAAUUACUGGACAAAUAUUGCAGAGAGUACUCCGUCGGCAUCGUGGGUUUCGCGCCAUCCGGCGAGGAAAGUCUGGUCGGCGCGCAACUAAAGGGUUUUCCACUGUUCGUGCACACUAAUCUUAGAUUGAAGGAUGCUCAGCUGAACGCGGCGUCCCCUAUUCUCCGAUUAACCAGAUCCGGGGAAACUGCCUGGGGACCGCUUCCUGGCGGCGACUGGACCAUUUUUCAGGCCAAUCACAGCACCUACGAACCCCUGGCUUGGGCGAACAGGGACAGUCUCGACUAUCCGGCCAACAAGAGUCCUUUGGCAACAGUCAUUCAGGAUCACGGCAGAUACGACGGGAUUCAGAGGGUCUUUUUCGGUGGCGGACUCCGAUUUUGGCUGCACAACUUGCUGCUCCUCGACUCUCUUUCCUACCUGUCGCACGGCCAAUUGAGCCUAAGCCUAAAUCGUAUGAUCCUGGUAGACGUCGACGACAUAUUUGUCGGGGAGAAAGGCACCAGACUGAGGAAGGACGACGUGAUGGCGUUGCUGGCCACUCAGCAGAGGAUCCAAUCGCUGGUGCCGGGUUUUAAAUUUAACUUGGGGUUUUCCGGGAAGUACUUCCAUCAUGGCACCGCGGAAGAAAAUUUGGGGGACGACAUGCUUCUGGAGAACGUCGACAGAUUUACGUGGUUUUCUCACAUGUGGAAUCAUCAACAACCCCAUCUCUACGAGAAUGUAACGCAUCUACAAUUAGACAUGGCGCUGAAUAAACAAUUCGCCAAAGACCACGGGAUCCCGACAGGAAGUGGUUACAGCGUGAGUCCUCAUCACUCUGGCGUUUAUCCGGUUCACGAAGGGCUGUACGAGGCAUGGAAAAGAGUGUGGAACAUCAAAGUCACUAGCACCGAAGAGUACCCUCACCUGAGGCCGGCUCGUUUAAGGCGCGGUUUCAUUCAUCGGAACAUAAUGGUUUUACCAAGGCAAACCUGUGGCCUUUUCACGCACACGAUCUUCAUCGAUAGAUACCCAGGCGGAAGGGACAAGCUAGACAAAUCGAUACAGGGUGGCGAGCUGUUCCAAACUAUCGUUCACAAUCCCAUUAAUAUUUUUAUGACGCAUAUGUCGAAUUACGGGAACGAUCGUCUGGCACUAUACACCUUCGAGUCGGUGAUCAAGUUCAUUCAAUGUUGGACGAAUUUGAGACUGUCGAGCUCACCGCCCCUUCAGCUUGCCGAGCGUUAUUUUCAACUCUACCCGGAGGAAUCCGAUCCCGUAUGGGGCAAUCCUUGCGACGACCAGAGGCACCAAAAGAUCUGGUCGAGGAACAAAACCUGCGACCAACUACCGAGAUUCCUGGUAAUUGGCCCCCAAAAAACUGGUACCACGGCCCUCUACACUUUCCUCUCCAUUCAUCCAGCGAUAAGUAGCAAUUUGCCGAGUCCCGACACGUUCGAAGAGAUCCAGUUCUUCAAUGGAAAAAAUUACUACAAGGGCCUCGACUGGUACAUGAGCUUCUUCCCAGCGUCGAAAAACGAGAGUUCACGGUACCUUUUCGAAAAAUCGGCCACCUAUUUCGACGGGGAGCUGGUGCCGCGCAGAGCUCACGCGCUUCUACCGAGAGCAAAAUUAAUUACUAUAUUGCUUUCGCCUGCCAGGCGAGCUUACUCUUGGUACCAGCACACGAGAGUCCACGGAGACCCUGUAGCAAAUAAUUAUUCCUUUCACUCGGUCAUCACAGCCAGCGACACCGCUCCGAAACCCCUACGCGAUCUCAGGAAUAGAUGUUUAAAUCCCGGAAAAUACGCUCAGCAUCUGGAGAGGUGGCUAUCGUAUUACCCGCCCCAACAGUUGCACAUUAUAGACGGUGAACAACUGCGUCAAAAUCCGGUGGAGACGUUACACGAGUUACAAAGGUUCCUUAAGAUCGCGCCCGCAUUUAAUUAUUCGUCGCAUCUGAGAUACGAUCCGAAGAAAGGAUUUUUCUGCCAAGUAACGAACGAGGAUCAUACGAAAUGUCUCGGUAAAAGCAAAGGACGCCAGUAUCCGCCGAUGGAGGAUAAAUCGUACAAAUUGUUGCAGAGGUAUUAUCUGUCCCAUAAUACAGCCCUAGUUAAAUUGUUGAAACGACUCGGUUUGAGGACGAUUCCACAGUGGUUGAAGGAAGAUCUCACCGACACGGUGAUGACCUAACAAACGUCGAUUAUGUGAAACGAUACCGUUUCCGGACUUCUUAUCUCGACGGUGAACGAAAUUCAUCGUUUGCUAACGGAAGAUUUGUAAACUAAUUGUACAUUAAACGCUCCACUGGUCUUCGAAUCUUCGACGUGAAGAACCGUACAAGGCCUACAUCCCAGUGGAUUGGCCUAAUUCGGUGGAGGAGCCUACAAAGCUAGUCACUAUAAGCGAUUUCACGGUGACACGACCGUGACUGUCGAUCGUUGUUAAAUCAAUAGCACUAUUAUUAACGUUAUAUUAUUAUUGUCAUCGUUGUUGUCUCGUAGAGGACAUGAUUACUAGAAGUACAACCCACUCGUUGGUGCCAUUGUCCGUCUAUCGCGAUUGUACGCAUUCCAUUCUGAUCUUUACUACUGGACAAACAUGGAAACGAUACAGGACUUUUAAUUUGCGUUCGAAUUUAAUUUACGCGACAUCGAUAUUUUGGUAAACCAAAAGUCCCGCGUACGCACGUUUUGGCGAAGAGGAUCGCACGAAUUUGGAGAAAUACCAUAGUUUUGGUGGUUAGGUAGUAAAGAGAAGAAGGAUAAUGGAUGCUUUGAUAAAUGAAAUUAGAGACGACCAAACGUGUAUUUUGGGAAAAUAACGAUAUUCGACCUCCGCGAGACAAGAUCUGUCCAAAUCGUGUUACAAUAUUUGCAAAGAUUUAUUUCCUCGUGAAAGUGAUCAGUGAAAUAGAUCGAACGUUGAUGUUUGGAUCGAAGAUCCGCCAGUCCUUCGCUUCUGCUACUAAUUGCAGGAUCGUUUUUGCGAGUGUGAGACUCUGGGAUUUGGAGCUUUUCUCCCACCCACUUACCUCCCGGAGACGCAAUGUACAUUAAUUCUCGUUCUAUAAGGAUAUUUAAGAAACGAUAAUGAUGAUUCUAUGUAUAUUUUGACAAUACUAUUCUUGGUACUGAUGAUGGAAAUGUCAAUGAAAGGUGUGUGAUCGCGUCCGUUUGUACAUUUAUGUAUCGUACUAUUUUGAUGUGAUCGUAGAUGUACCAUAAUGACUUAACGCUAUAAAAUUAAGAAAAUGAUUGUACUUGGAGGAUCAUUUUCGAUGAACCCUGAUCUUUUGAGUGGGGAGGUGAUAACUACCUAUCUGCAAUAAUCGUUAGUGUCAUAUUUAAGGCACGCAAAUACUGGUUUAGUGAUAAAUCCUAAGUUUCGAGGUAAGAGAUAUAUUCGUUGUCAAAGGAAAUGAAAUGAUUUUUUGAAACUGUAAAACCUGAUGUAUUAUAUCUACCAAAUCGCGUAGGACGUCGAACGAGAACGUAUCUUUUACGAAUAAAACCGUUAUUUGCGAGAUGGUUUAAUCGCGGUGAUCGUUUGUUGAAUGCAUAUCAGUUAAGACUACGUUUGAUACCUUUGUAUACGAUGUAUUAGAUACUUACUCUUUUUCACGAAUCGACCGGACUCCGCACAUUCACCAAUUUUUUUUAAAUUAUCCCAGGUGUUCUACUUUCGUAGUACUUUUGCAACAUUGACGUUGCGUUCGUUUAUAAAAUAUAAUUUACUGGUUUUGAAAAUUUUUUACCCAAUAUUCUCAUGUUAUAACAAGGUCGUUACUUACACAGGAAAAAAUUGUAAUCAUAUUUUGCGGAAACCAUUGAUGUUGAUCUAAAACGGGCGAUUAGAAUAUUAAGACUUCAUUCCUUCGCAAAGUAUACAUUUACAAAAAGCUCAUUGUUUCAUCCACGAUCAAUCGAUUCACAUUUAAAUAGUAUCUUAUUAAUGUUUUGUUAAACCUUAUAUAUUUUAUUUUCAUUUUUGUAUUGCCGUUAAACAGUGCCACGCGACGUUUAGCAAAUCAUGUACAAAGGUAAUUGUUAAUAUAAUAAUAGUUAACCAGUAACGAUAUUAACGCACUAAGCGAUUGAUAUGUUUCAUCGAAUCGUGCCAUUUUACCAGUGUUGUAUAUACGAUUGUAUUAUUGUACUAAUCAUAAUGUCGGAUCUCUAGAGUCAAUAUUAUCGAUUUUGUUCGGUAUGGCGGUAGUAAUGAUUGUCCGAUUUGCUGCUAGCUGACAAUAACAUUUGACAAACCAGAACGGCAAAAUCAUAGAAGGAUUCGCUAUAUCAACAUGACAAUUUAAAAGCCCCUGUUAGCAAUUAUACGCCACGAACAUAACCUCUUUCGUUAAGAAUCAAUUUUUUAGAGAAACAGAGAAUUAAAAUUUGUAGUAUGAUUUGGAAACUGUAGAAAAUAAAGGCAAUUUGGUUUCCCUCCAGCAAUAUUUAUUCAAAUUUAUAAAUUUUAAGUGAAUAUUAUUCGAUACGUUUGCGAUCUGUGGCUACUCGGUUUAACAUUCGAAUUCGUUACAAAUUUCUAAAAUAACCAACGGUAAAAUGUUCUUGAUGCUGAUCUGCGCGUAUAUUUGCAUUUCGUGUUACAUAGAGAAACGCGCAGAAAGUAACAAUCGUUUAGUAGAUUCCCUAAGAGACUGUUUUGCAGAUACAAAAAAAAGUAAACAGGAAAAAGCUAACAUUGUACGAAUAAACGGAAACACCUGUAGGAUAUGUGUACGACACUAAUAGAACUUUUGAUUAUUUAAGUGAAAAUUAUUCUAUUGUAAAAUACUGUAAUAAUUGUACGGGUAGCCUGUAAGUUCUAAUAAAAGAAUCGUUUAAAGUCUUAAA